GUUAGAGUGUAACUGCCAUGCUCAGCCGCGAUGGCUGGGGCUGCCGGGCGCGUCCAAGGUCGCGCCCUGCGGCGGUUUCCCAUCACCCUGCCUGUGGGCGACCCUUGUAGUGGGGCUGGAGUAGAGCCUGCCGCGAACCCUCGGAGCCCACGAUCCCUCGUGCCAUCCCUCGAAUCCGCCAGCACGAGCGUCCCACCCGCGCCUGGGACCAUGGCCACUGACUCAUGGGCCCUGGCGGUGGACGAGCAGGAAGCUGCGGCUGAGUCGUUGAGCAACUUGCAUCUUAAGGAAGAGAAAAUCAAACCAGAUACCAAUGGUGCUGUUGUCAAGACCAGUGCCAAUGCAGAGAAGACAGAUGAAGAAGAGAAAGAGGACAGAGCUGCCCAGUCCUUACUCAACAAGCUGAUCAGAAGCAACCUUGUUGAUAACACAAACCAAGUGGAAGUCCUGCAGCGGGAUCCAAACUCCCCUCUGUACUCGGUGAAGUCUUUUGAAGAGCUUCGGCUGAAACCACAGCUUCUCCAAGGAGUCUAUGCCAUGGGUUUCAAUCGUCCAUCCAAGAUACAAGAGAACGCAUUGCCACUGAUGCUUGCUGAGCCCCCACAGAACUUAAUUGCCCAAUCUCAGUCUGGUACUGGUAAAACAGCUGCCUUCGUGCUGGCCAUGCUUAGCCAAGUAGAACCUGCAAACAAAUACCCCCAGUGUCUAUGUCUCUCCCCAACGUAUGAGCUCGCCCUCCAAACAGGAAAAGUGAUUGAACAAAUGGGCAAAUUUUACCCUGAACUGAAGCUAGCUUAUGCUGUUCGAGGCAAUAAAUUGGAAAGAGGCCAGAAGAUCAGUGAGCAGAUUGUCAUUGGCACCCCUGGGACCGUGCUGGACUGGUGCUCCAAGCUCAAGUUCAUUGAUCCCAAGAAAAUCAAGGUGUUUGUUCUGGAUGAGGCUGAUGUCAUGAUAGCCACUCAGGGCCACCAAGAUCAGAGCAUCCGCAUCCAGAGGAUGCUGCCCAGGAACUGCCAGAUGCUGCUUUUCUCUGCCACCUUUGAAGACUCUGUGUGGAAGUUUGCCCAGAAAGUGGUCCCAGACCCAAACGUUAUCAAACUGAAGCGUGAGGAAGAGACCCUGGACACCAUCAAGCAGUACUAUGUCCUGUGCAGCAGCAGAGACGAGAAGUUCCAGGCCUUGUGUAACCUCUACGGGGCCAUCACCAUUGCUCAAGCCAUGAUCUUCUGCCAUACUCGCAAAACAGCUAGUUGGCUGGCAGCAGAGCUCUCAAAAGAAGGCCACCAGGUGGCUCUGCUGAGUGGGGAGAUGAUGGUGGAACAGAGGGCUGCAGUAAUUGAGCGCUUCCGAGAGGGCAAAGAGAAGGUUUUGGUGACCACCAACGUGUGUGCCCGCGGUGAUAAGAACUCCCACAGAAGCCAGAAGUCCUGACUUGGUGGAAGGAAAUGUACAGGCAUCUGACUGGUAGAGAACGGAGCCUGCUCUUCCAGGGAUGCCCAUCUCCAGAACAUUGUGUCUCCCAGAGGCUUACUGACUGAUUUCAUAAUUUUGUUGGCACCUGCCAAAGUUUUGUUCUUUUCCUCCAGGUUCUGCUGUAUGCCUGUAUGUGCCCUCUCUUGUACCCAAUUCCCAGAGUUGGCCUGUCCCAAAUUUAUUUAUUUAUUUUUUUGAGACAGAGUCUCGCUCAAUGGCCCAGGCUGGAGUGCAGUGGCACAAUCUCAGCUCACUGUAACCUCCGCCUCUUAGGUUUAAGUGAUUCUCCCGCCUCAGCCUCCCGAGUAGCUGGGAUUACAGGUGCCUGCCACCAAGCCCAGCUAAUUUUUGUAUUUUCAGUACAGAUGGGGUUUUGCAGUGUUGGCCAGGCUAGUCUUGAACUCUUGACCUCAGAUGAUCUGCCUGCCUCGGCCUCCCAAAGUGCUGGGAUUACCGGUAUGAGCCACCGCACUCAGCCCCCCAAAUUCUUUCCCUUUACCCGAAGUUGGUAUGCAUUGACUUACCUGUGGACAACAGUGAUUUUUGUCUCCUGUCCUUACUUCUCUCUGUCUCCAACUCUCAGGGACUCAUUCAUCACCUCUCCCUGCACCCCACCCCCUGACCCCUGCUAGUUUGGUUUCUAUGCCUGUAGCUUUGCUUUGGGGCAUCAUCUGAAUCUCAUACUGCACGGCCUUUCGGAUCUGGCUUCCUGCACUCAACGUCAUGCACGUCUGUUAGUGCCGUGUUCCCUUAAUGCUGAGUCAUGCUCCAUUGUAUGGAUGGACCACAUGACUGAUUUGCCUCCUGUCCUUAGUUCUCUCAGCCUCCAACUCCCCUUCCUGCAGGCAUCGAUGUUGAACAAGUGUCUGUCGUCAUCAACUUUGAUCUUCCCGUGGACAAGGACAGGAAUCCUGACAACGAGACCUACCUGCACCGGAUCGGGCGCACGGGCCGCUUUGGCAAGAGGGGCCUGGCAGUGAACAUGGUAGACAGCAAGCAUAGCAUGAACAUCCUGAACAGAAUCCAGGAGCAUUUUAGUGAGUCCCGGGGAGGGUCCUGUGCCUGGCGCCCUUUGCUAAGUAGGGCGGGGUGGGGAAAGGGGUAGGAUCUUCUGUAGCCCCAAGAAAGGCUCUCUCCCUAGCACACUCCCCUCCUUUCUAACCAUAUGGCAGUUCUCAGGGAGCACACCUGGAGACUUCAGGACCCAGGGACUCCAAGGACAGCUCCCCUGUGACUGGGCUUCGGGGCGUGGGGCUCUGACUGUUGCUGUCAGUGACCAGGGGCCCUGCUGCCCCCUGCUUAGGCACCCGGAGCCUUUGGGGCUGAAUGAAUGAUUGCUGUGGCCCGAGGUGGGGCACAUUCCUGGGCAGGGUAGAGACCUGUGUAUCUUUCCCCCAGAUAAGAAGAUAGAAAGAUUGGACACAGAUGAUUUGGACGAGAUUGAGAAAAUAGCCAACUGAGAAGCUCCACCAGCCACUGAUGCCAGCCCUGGCACUGCCCCUGCACAGGAGACAAGUGCGUUCAGGGCACAGGCCCCGACAUCACCCCAAGGACAACGGCACAAGUAGAGAGAAACUACCUACCUCACUUCAAAUUAUGUUUGGACUUGACAAAAAUGUAUGCAAAUGAUGGGGGAUGGUAGAAAAAAAUUAUUUACACAACCUUGGAAGAUUAGGCAUGAAUACACAGAGCUUUACCUUUUGGAAA